ACAAUCCGCAGCGGAUAAGAGAACUCUAAAAUCUGAAUUUCCCACAAAGAUAGAGAACUCUAAAGAAGAGAAAUGGCUGCCAUAAGCAUGUCUUGUGUUUCUUCUCAGUGCUUAUCCCUUUCUUCCAAGCUUCAAACCCUCUCUCUUUCAUCAACCCAUUCGCCUAAUUCUUCCCUUAAGCCACUCUCUUUCUCUGCUAAUUUAUCACAGUCAGUUUUUACUCAAGGUUGCUUGUCCUUGAACACUUUGCAACAGCGUGGCUUCUCUGUUGUUUGUGAGGCUGCUACGCAAAAGAAGGCUGAUUCUGCGGCUAAAAGAGCGCGUCAAGCAGAGGUGCGACGCCUUAGGAACAAAGCCCGCAAAUCUGAGGUUAAGACUCGCAUGAGGAAGGUUUUUGAAGCGUUAGAUGUGUUGAAGAAGAAAGCUGAUGCUAGCCCUGAAGAACUUGCACCUAUCGACAGGCUGAUGGCCGAAGCCUAUUCUGCCAUUGACAAGGCAGUGGUGAAGGGUACCCUACACAGGAACACUGGUGCACGUCGUAAAUCUCGAUUGGCUAGAAACAAGAAGGCUGUAGAGAUCCAACGUGGUUGGUACACACCUACCCCUGCACAAGCUGCUGCCUGAUCUGCCUUUCACUUGUAAUUAGAAUUUUGGCUUAAAAUCACUUGAUGUUGUUAUGUUUUAGCUACUCUAUUUUUUGUUAUAUUACGGUGAUCAUUUUGUAGACAAUCAUGUAUUUGAAGGCUUGUUUCUCUCCUGAAAUAUAAUUUCCAUGAAUAGUAAAAACAAGUUCAAGGGAA